CAUUUACGUAAAUUGAAUAAGCACAAUUAAUGAAAAGUAUGCUAAAUACUUUUUGUCGCGUACUGCAUGCAUAACGUUACUUUGAUACUGUCUUGGCUUGUUGAAUAUUCACUUCCUAUAUAUUGUCGCAUGAUAAAGCAAGCUAACGUAAACGUUGCAUAAAGCGAGUUGGCUUCGUUUUCUAUUUACCAUUUGCAUGACAUCAGUUUGCUCACUAACCUCAGAAAUAUGCGCUGUAAAAUAAUGGCAUUUGCUAGAAAUACCAAGUAUUCCCGAAAACAACCUCCUUACAUAUCCCCAACAACCUCAAGUUGCUGCUAGUGGUCGGCUCGUAUAGAUGGUGUGUGAUUAUGCGGUUAGGACGGCGGCGUCUAACACGUUUUAACAGAUCUGUGUCCAGACUGAGUCUCGUACUUUAACGUGGCUGAUUUAGCGACUCACUGACUCCAUCCAACCAGUGUCAAAGUGGCUGGUACUGGCCUGGUGAUAGUCUGCCAUGGAGAGAGAUGCAGUGGAUGGAGAUCUGCUGGACUGUCCCUGGGUACCAGUGUGUAUCAGUGGGUCUCAGCUCCUGGCCAAGACCUGGUUUGGGGACACAGCGUACCGCAUCCUGCUCACGGACCUGCACUCUGUGUGGGAGGAGGAGAUGGACACCAGGGCCAUCCAGGACAGAGCUCAGGAGCUGAACCGGCGAUUGCGGGCUCCCGUCCACGCCUUCUUCUCUCACAUGUGUGAGGUGGCUCACCCCUGUCUGUCUGGACGGGUGGAGGAUGGGGGUGAGCCUCAGUUCUCCCUCAACCACCACGGCGGUAACAUCAACCUGAAGUUGAAGAGUGAGCUGGCUGGGGUGCCUUUCUACUGGGAAUUCCGCUGCACCCCUGCCCCUGUUGCUUUGGUGUGCAGUCAGCUUGUGCGCCCCCUGCUGUUGAUGAGCAGGUUACUGCAGAGACAGGUGGGCCAACUGGGAGCUCUGCUGGCCAGGAAAGACACUGAGCUCCAAGACUACAGGGACAAUGGGGCAGUGCUGAGCAGAGAGCGAUUGCAGACAGAGUUGUUUGAGGAACAGAGCUACAGAGAGAACUUCCUGACACAGACUGUGCCACAGGUAUGUGCGAGGCAGGGCGGUCUGGGGUUUGACUCUGAGCUGCAGGAGCUCUACUCAGCCGUCACGUCCUACGGCAACACCAACGCUCGCAAACGUAAGAUCUCUGAGAGACACGCCCCCGAAGAGGACCAAUCCACCACAGAGGACCGUGACCCUAACCACGCCGCCAGCGGCACACAGCCCCCAGGAGAGGAGGUGAACCACGGGCUGGACCAGGUGAACCACGGGCUGGACCAGGUGAACCACGGGCUGGACCAGGGGGAUAAGAGGCAGACUGGACGGGGGGACCGAGCCAGAACCACAGACUCAGAGAGACCUAAUGAGGAACAGACUACAGUUCCCAUGGCUGCUGCCGCAGAUCGGCCCUCCGCGCGACCCAAGAAGAAGAAAGCUAAGGGGCUUUUUGGAUGACCUCAGAACCAGUAGUGCACCGAACACUAUGGAGACUGUCUGUGACUACGUCCCAAAUGACACGGUCAAAAGUAGUGCACUAUGUAGGGAAUUAGGUGUCUUUUGGGACGCCGUCUAUGAGCACUACCACCUUACUUCAUGUGACAUGUUUUUCAAGUACUCAUCUACUGAUAUGUCCUUUUUUUUAAUCUUUUUUAUUUUUAUUCGAUAGAUAUGCAUGUUUUUCCUUGGCAUUGUUUGAUGGAUGUGUAUUUUUUAAUUGUCUAAAUAAUAAAUAAAUAGUGUGA